CCAGUGUCUCACAGCUCGACAACUGGAACACGACUUUGAGACAGGAUCACAUUAUUUUCAUGAAGUAGUUUAAAGUGUUAAACUUAUAAGGAAAAAAGGUGAAGCUGAAAGAUGAAGAUAACAACAACAAUCUCGUGGAGUAGAGCGGCAGGGAGCAACGAGUUUACUAGCAGCGUUCCCCUGCCAGUUCAGUUGAGACGAGUUGAGAUGAGUUGAGUUGUGAUGAGGCGAGUAGAGGUGAGGUGAGAUGAGGUGAGGUGGGUUGUAAUGAGGUGAGUAGAGGUGAUACGCAAAUCAAACUGAAAGACUUACUGCUUCCUUGUUGCCCAUUUACGUGGCUUGUUCCUCGUUUAGCCUGAGCUACAGACAGAGACUGCCUGAGCUACAGACAGUGCCUUCUCUGAGUGGAGCCACAGGGCCAUGGCGAGUGCGGCUCCCAGUGGUAGCGAGGCUCCAGGGGAGUUGACCUGCCCCAUCUGCCUGGACGCCUACCGCUGUCCCUGCACGCUCAGCUGCGGCCACUCAUUCUGCCUCAAGUGCGUGGAGGGCGCCUGGGAUGUGGCCAAGUCCUUCUCCUGCCCGCAGUGCCGAGUGACCUUCCCUCGGAGGCCCAAGCUGAGCAAGAACUUCACACUCGCCAACCUGGUGGAGCAGCGCAGUGCCGCAGAGAAAAUGGCCACCAUGGUCUUGUGUGACUUCUGCAACGAUGGCAUGACCGCUGCCUCGAAGACCUGCCUCAGGUGUGAUAUGUCCUACUGUGUGACUCAUGUAAAGACUCAUCAGGAGAACCGGAAGUUAAGGAGCCACAUUCUGGUGGAUCCAGCCACGAAUCCUGAGGACCGCAAAUGCAAGCCGCACAGAAAGAGGAUCAAGUUUUACUGCCGACAGGACAAGAGCUUGGUCUGCACAACCUGCAUCAUCGCAGGAGACCACAAGGGUCACGAUGUGGCUACGCUGGAGGAUGAGUACAAGACACGGGAGAAACAAGUGGGAGAGGAGAUGCGGGUGGUAGAGGAGAAGAGGAGGGAGGCGGAGGAGUCCAUAAGGCAGAUGGAGGCCGCUCACAGGGACGUGCAGGGAUCCAUGACAGAUAAAAAGGCCUCAAUCUCAGUCAGGUUCUCCCACGCGAGAGCAGCGUUGGAUGCGGAGGAGAAGGCGGCUUUAGAACAACUGGAGCAGAAAGGGCGCGACCUGCUGUCCCAGAUCGAGAAGAAGAUCGCUCACUACCAGCGGGAGCUCAGCGAGCUCCAGACAGCAGCCACUCGCCUGCAGGCCCUAGCACACGAGAGGGACUCGCUCGCAUUCCUGCAGGGGCACCUGGAGGAGACGAGCAGGGCAGGGAUGUUUACAGCAGAUUCACCCUCAUGUCCUAGCCAAGAGGACAUUGCCUCGCUUAAAGGCACCGAGGGAACUGUGGCCAAAUUCCUGUAUGGAUGCUCACCGACUCUCGACACAAACUCAGCUCAUAACCAACUCCAGAUCUCCUCGGAUCUCAGGACGAUGACGCGGACCCGUGACUCCCAGGGUCGCCCCGAUCAUCCACACCGGUUUGAUUACUGGUCACAAGCCCUGUGCUGUGAGAGCUUCUCGUCAGGCCACCACUACUGGGAGGUGGAUGUGGGGGACGCGAGGUGGUGGCGGGUUGGAGUCGCAUACGGGACGAUCCUGCGGAAAGGGAGUGGUGAUGCUGCACAGUUGCUGGGAGGGAGCGACGCGUCCUGGUGUUUAGAGAAAUAUGACGACAAUUUCUCAGUCUUUCAUGGUGGUGUGAAGACUGCACUGUCGGUGAGGGGGGCCCCCUACCCCCGCAGAAUCAGGCUUCAGCUGCACUGGGAGGAAGGGCUCCUGGCUUUUUACCGCGCCGACUCCAUGGAGGUGAUCCACGAGAAGUUGGCAAGGUUUAGUGACCACGUCCUGGUGUCGCCCGGUGUGAACUUGGAGAAUCGACGGUGCGUGGAGCACGGAGCCGAGUACCGCGUCUAUUGCAUUAACAACGGACACCUCGUCUGCAGGGACUGCACCGUCACUGUGGAUCAUCGAGGGCACAAGCUCAUCACUCUGAAGGUGGAGCACGACAAACGAAAGAAACAAGUGGGAGAUGAGACGCGGGCGGUGGAGGAGAAAAGGAAGGAGGCGGAGGAGUCCGUGAGGCGGAUGGAGGCCGAUCGUAGGGAUGUGCAGGGAUCCAUGACAGAUAAAAAGGCCUCAAUCUCGGUCAGAUUCACCCGCGAGAGAGCAGCGUUGGAUGCGGAGGAGAAGGCGGCUUUAGAGCAAGCGGAGCAGAAAGUGCGCGAGCUGCUGUCCCAGAUCGAGAAGAAGAUCGCUCACUACCAGCGCGAGAUCAGCGAGCUCCAGGCAGCAGCCACUCGCCUGCAGGCCCUAGCACAGAAGAGGGACUCGCUCGCAUUCCUUCAGCGGCACCUGGAGGAGACGUGCAGGGCAGGGAGGUUUACAGCAGAUCCACCCUCAUGUCCUAGCCAAGAGGACAUUGCCUCGCUUAAAGACAUCGAGGGAAUUGUGGCCAAACUCCUGUACGGAUGCUCACCGACUCUGGACACAAACUCAGCUCAUAACCAACUCCAGAUCUCUGCGGAUCUCAGGAUGAUGACGCGGAACCGUGACUCACAGGGUCGCCCCGAUCACCCACACCGGUUUGAUGGCUGUGCACAAGCCCUGUGCUGUGAGAGCUUCUCGUCGGGCCACCACUACUGGGAGGUGGACGUGGGGGACGCGCAGCUGUGUAGGGUUGGAGUCGCGCAUGGGACGAUCCCACGGAAAGGGACUGGUGAUGCACAGCAGCUGGGAGGGAGCGACGCGUCCUGGUGUUUAGAGAAAUGUAACAACAGCUUAUCAGUGGUUCAUGGUGGAGUUAAGACUGCACUGUCGGUGAGGGGGACCUUCUCCUCCCGCAGAAUCGGCCUUCACCUGCACUGGGAGGGGGGGCUCCUGGCGUUUUACUGCGCCGACUCCAUGGAGGUGAUCCACGAGGUUCGGCAGAGAUUCUUGCAGCCUCUUUACCCUGCGAUGUGGAUGGGGUGUUUGAAAGAACCAUUGAAGAUCGUGGAUCUGAGUCGUUUAUCCUGAGGAUGAGAAAUAGAAACCCAAGAAACCAAGACAGAACCCAAGAAACAGAGGAGAGGGUGGAUGUUGAGGAGAGGGGGAAAGUGAGGGUGGGGGAAGGUUACGGGUGAGCGUGGAGGGUGAUGGUGACGGUGAAGAGUGAGGAGAGGGUGAGGAGAGGAUGUGAAGGAGGGUGUACAGAGAGGGUGAGGGGGAGGGUAAGGUUGAGUUUGCGUGCAUGAGCCGGUGCAGUUCAAAUCGCAGGUUCGUGUGGCCGCUCCUUCACCUGCAGUGCGUGCUCACAUCACCACACCGUCUCAUGCCUGCGAUUCACCACCAUCAUCAUCACUGUCAUCACGACCAUCACCACCAUCAACACCACCACCAUCAUCAUUAUCACUACCAUCACCACCAUCACCACCAUUAUCACCCCAUCCCCACCACUGUCAUCAUCACGACCAUCACAACCAUCAACACCACCACCAUCAUAAUCACCAUAGUCAUCAAUACCACCAUCAUCGCCAUCAUCAUUACCAACAGCAUCACGAAUAUCAUCAUCACCAUCAUGAUCACCACCACCACAUCACUAUCAACUUCCAUCACUAUCAUCAUUACUAUCAACUCCACCAAAACUAUCAUAAUCACCAUCACCAACAUCGUCAAUAUCAUACCACGUUCACAACCAUCAUUAUUAUCAUCAUCACCCCAUUAUCAUUACUAUCAUCAGCAACAUCAUCAUCAACAUCAUUAUCCCCAUCAUCACCACUACCACAAUCACCACCAUCACAACCAUCAACCACCACCAUCAUCAUAAUGAUUAUCACCACAAUAAUCAGCACAAUUAUCACGUCCAUCAUCAUAAUCAUUACUUAUCAUUACCACUAUCAUCAUCAUCACCAUCAUUAUAACCAUCAUCAUCAUAACCAUCAUCACCACCAUCAAAAUUAUCACCACCAUCAUCACCACCAUCAUUAUCAUAAUCACUAUCAGAACCCACGUCACCAUCACCAUUCUUACCACCAACAACAACAACCGCCAUUCGCCACUAAGUGGCGGUGACGUCACCACGACGCUUGUGCCAGGCUAUGUGCACGUUGAGGCCACGUGGCCUCAUUCUUACCACCACUACCACCACAAUCAUCACCAUCAUUACGAUCAUCAACAUUAAUACCACAAAAACUGCCAUAAUUAUCACCAUUAUCACAUCCACCAUCACGACCAUCAUCACCACUAUCAUCCUCACCGUGAAAACUUACUAUCACCAUCAUUCCCACCAUCUCCCUCAUCACUACCAUUACUACCAUCACUGUCAUUAUCACCACCGCUACCGUGAUCACCACCAUCAUUAUCACCAUCACUACCAUCAUUACUACCAUGAUCAACACCACUACCUUCAUCACCAUUUCACCAUUAUUACCACCACUACCACCAUCAUCAUGGUAGCGUCUUUGUAACGUCUUUGUAGUUGGGGCUGUUAUUUUUGUUUAUUGUGUUUAACCGGGGCGAGAACUCAAGACACCAGAAUAGGAGUUUCAUUUGUAAAAGUGAGUGGAAUGGUGAGCGAGUGCUUGGGUGAGUGAGUAGAUGAGUAAGUAGUUAAGUGACAGAGAUGGUGGGUGAUUGAAUGAUUGAGUGCAUGGUUGAUUGGGUGAAAUGGUGGGCGAGUGAGUGGGUAAGGAGACGGGGGAGAUGGUUGGUGGGCAAGUGAGUGAGUGCAUGGGUGAGUGGGUCGGUGGAGUGUUUGAGUUAGUGAGAGGGUAAGUGAGUGGGUAAACUAUUGAGUGUGGGAGUGAGUAGAUUAGUGAGUGAACGAUUGAGUGCAUGGGUGAGUGAGGUGGUGAGUGAGUAGCUGAGUGGGUCAGUGGUUACGUUAGUGAGCGAGAGGGUCGGUGAGUGGGUAAAUGAUUGAGUGAGUUCAAGUAUAUCGUCUGUAACCGGGUGUAGAACUCGGAAGACCGGGACAGCAGUCUCAUUUGCAAGAGUGACCUGGGGCUGGGGGGAAUCUCCAAAAUAAUAAAAACGACAACGUGAGUACAGGAAACAAUAAUGAAGCGAAGAUUGAAGAUUAAUUAGCGGAAAAAACAACCACCACCGUGUUACAGACGAAACAGGAAAAAAAACAGCGCCCUGAACAAACUCCCAAUACUGCAAGGGUGGAGACAGCGUCUGUCCACCCAACUCACAGUCGUGUCCACGUGUUGGGGGGCGAUCUCGUCCUACCCAGGGCCACCCGUUGCGGCGUCUAACGCGACGUAACGACGACUCCCACAAACAACACCGACAGCCCACUCCUCCCGCCCCCCCCCCACCCAGGGUACCUGGGUUUGUUGUCACAACGGCCCCCAGGGCGAGACCGUCCCGGUCCUCGAUGCCGCCCGGCGACCAGACUCCCCCUCGGCGUUGACCUCCCUCCGGGAGCAUCCGUGGAGUGAGCAGCUGGACGCUUCGUUUGUAACCCAAACGGAGCCGUUGCCUCCUCCCCAACCUCCUCCUCUUUCCCAGCACUCAGCCUCCCAUGUGUAAUGUGAGGAUAUAUCCGGCUCACUGACGUAUCACAACUCGUCAUGAUGAUUGGCUCUGCCGGUCCUGGUCUAUAUCCAAUGGGGGGAAGCCUAGGGGCGUGGCCCUGACGUAAUGGACAGGUGACAGCUGUCAUCUCGUCGCCUUCAUCGCUGCCGUCUUCACUAGAUAUUGCACUGCUGGAAGUUGUUGGCUAUCCCAGUCGGCGCCAUCAAUGUUUGAUGGUUAGGGUUGUGUACAGGCUACACUAAGUAAUGGUGGAGAGUGUAAGGACGAGACCGUGGAAGCUGUGAAACACAUUCCUGCGGAGGGAGCUGGUAGGAACGUUGGGUUGCUCGGUCAAUAGCCAAGGUCAACGGCGGCGUGGUGUAUUCCGCAAAUAUGCCCGACUGUUAGGGCGGGCACAAGCCGGCGUGAGUAGGUGAAACGUUGAGU